AUGACGAACCACGGUCUAGAAAUCGAACUUCCUAUGGUGCCAAUAUGCCCACCGCCCUCGAAAAAGGCUCUCACCGGUUCCAAUGAACAUACUGGUUGGGUUGGGCUGCUCAGCUGUUCACCAGGUACAGACGCUGAGCUCGUCGGUAUCAUUCUCUUCUUACCCGUCCUGAGUGCCACUUCAAAACCGCGUGUAGGACGAGCGGAGGCUUUGCGCGACGAGUUGUUAUACAGCUCUGUGAUUGUGGGUCCGAGGGUCGCCGCUCGGUCAGUCCUUCAAAAAGUUACUAUUGUCCCAGAAGAGGAAGGCCGAAGAUCACGAGGGUACUUCUUGGGCUGUCGUCAGAUUAUCAUCAAUGAAUCUCAGACUUUGCGAGGCAUAGGGUACCACAUACGAAAUGGAACAGGGUUGAAUAUUGCCGAGGACAGAGGAUUGUGGGGAUACAAGCCGUCCUGGGAUCCAGAAAAAAUGUUGCUCACAAUAGAAGACAAGCGCAUAUCUAAAGAUCUGCUGAAGUUCUGCUUCGAAUCGCAAUGGAACGGGCCACGUACAGCAUUUACCAUAUUUUUGCGAACUGCUAGCAGGAGCGCUAUCGUACGGAGAGGAUCGUCAUUUUCCGAGGAAGACAUUCAUAGCUUCUACGACCUUCUGGAUGAAAGAUAUCAAGAUAAUGCGGACAAGACAGUGAUCACAGAUUCGGAAAACGAGCCGUUUUGGGUUGUGGUUACAAUGAAUGAGAUCGCAGUAUAUGGCUGGCGCAUAUUCGAGGUUAACGUCGAUGUCCAGCAAGUCAUUCCUAGUUCCGGUGUGUAA